AAAACAACAGGAAACAUGUACAGAAACGUCAGAAACACUUAUUUUUAGGUUAUCGGUUAUCGUUCGUUUGUUGCAAUUACAGUUAGUAGGCUAUGUACCUUUAUCUCAGAGUUGAUUAAAUUGUUAAAAAGGUUUAUCUAAAAAAAACUUCCUUGGUAACUUAACUUAUUACCAAUCUGUUUAAAGUUUAAUCACUGCUUUGCAAUCAAUAAGUAGGCCCUAGAAUUAAAUUGCAUAUUUUUUCUAAGCCUAAGUUAGUUGUAGUAAAAUAUCAUUAACCAUGUCGAGUGUGCUUUGUGUAACUUUAUACAGGAAUGACACUCAAAUUUUACACAGAUCUAAAGAAAUUAAACAAAAUAAUUUAAGAAAUAUUAUUGAUGGGCUUAAGGAUAUGCAAGCAAAUAUAAACCAACUGCUUACUGAUUUGGUAAACAAUUGUGAUGGUAAAAUUGGAAAAGCAAAUCAGGAAAUGGAAAUGGAAGGUGAUGGUGGUGAAGAUGAUGAAGAAGAUGAUAGUAUUAUAUCUGAAGAUAACCAUUGUGAUAAUAGUCAGAAGAAGAAAAACAGCAAAGACACAAAAAGAAAUUACAAAAGGAGGAAAACUUGUCUCUAGUUUAUAAAAUUGUAAAAAUUAAAGUUGUUUUUAAAUAUA